UUGUUUUUGUUCGUUAUCGCCGCCACAACGUACCGAGCCGAGCCGGACGAAAUCAUUUUUGGCCUCUUGAGCACGUGAAUAUUGUUGUCGUUGCGCCCGUUGCACUUGCAGCUUGAGUUGGUGUUAGUUAGUGACGAGCGCGAUGCCAUUCAGAAGAAGACAUUCACGAAAUGGGUUAACAAACAUCUGAAAAAGCAUUGGAAGUAUGCCAAGACCUACACUAUGCUACAUGUGUGUGUUACCACAAAUGGCAUACCCUGUUGUUCUCAGGCUGCCAAUCGUCGUGUGGUGGACUUGUUUGAAGAUCUGCGCGAUGGUCACAAUUUACUUUCACUCCUGGAGGUGCUAUCUGGCGAACACCUGCCACGUGAGAAAGGUAAGAUGCGUUUCCAUAUGCUGCAGAACGCACAAAUGGCCCUGGAUUUUCUGCGCUACAAGAAGAUCAAGCUGGUCAACAUACGCGCCGAGGACAUUGUGGACGGCAACCCGAAGCUGACUCUCGGCCUGAUCUGGACGAUCAUAUUGCACUUCCAGUUGGAGCAAAACUGUAGGCGUACCCUGUCGACUGUGGACUGAGGACUGUGGGCACCUCAAAGUCAUCGAGACAGCGCCGCCCACGUACCGCCGCUUGGCUGCUGAAGGUGACCCCCGGCCAGAGUUUGUUUUCAUUUGGGCGUUUUGGUUGGCUCGAUCGAUUCAUUGAGCCGACUCGACGUCCCACACAGCAGCACCACCACCAGCAGCAGCGCAGUGCUACAGUCUUGACACGCUACGAGCUACGCAAGAUCUACCUAAAAAUAUUUGGCAAACGCGGCGCCGCCUUUUAAGGCAACCCGAUUGCCUUCUCUUGGCUGACUGACAUACAUAACAAUGUUGUUGCUGUAUCUAUAUCUGCCAUUGUUGCUGUAUCUGCUGCUACAGUUCGUCAGCUGCAAGGCCGUGAGUUGGCUGAACGGCCAGUGGAUGGAGCAGCACUGGGAUGGAGCCAGUUUGGGCCACCUACACAACAGCAACAGUCAACAAGGGGGCUGCCAGGGCCAAAAUCACACAUAAAUAUUGGAUGUACUUGAUGGGGAUUUAAGUGAAAUGGAACUUAUGCUGUUAGAGAUCGAUGUCCAACACAGAUUUCGAUGAAUAUAGGGAGAUUUAUCGAUGUCAUCAUAUGAUGACUACGGGGUAUUAUGUGCAGACGCCUUGCAAGCUAAAGUUGAUUGUUCAACAAGAUGUUCUUUCGAUUUAAUUAUCGAUUUUCCCAAUCCCCUCGAUAUCUGAAUCGAUAAGUUUGAAAACAAAUCAGAGGUG